AUGUUACAAGCUAUCGCCUACCUUUCUAAACAACUGGACCCUACGAUCAGGGGGUGGGAACUCUGCCUCAGAGCACUUGAAGCAGCAGCCACUCUAACCCAAGAGGCAUUCAAACUCACCCUACACUGCCCCCUAACAGUACUUUCACCGCACCAUCUAUCUGAUCUCCUUACACAUAAGGCCCUGGCACACUUCUCCCCAUCAGGCAUACAAUUGUUCCAUCUGCUCUUUAUUGAAAAUCCUGAAAUAUCUCUCCAACUCUCCCCCAGACUCAAUCCUGCCACACUACUUCCACAAAUCAACCCCAAAGACACUUCACAGCCACCCUUCCACUCCUGCACUGAACUUAUAGAUAUUUUCUCCAAACCUCCAUCUAAUUUAAAGGACCUUCUCCUCACUUCCCCUGAUCUCAACCUAUUUGUAGACGGCAGCUCACUAGUUGACUGCAAGGGCCACCGACGAGCAGUGUACACUGUAGUUACAUUAAACCAAACUCUAGAGACCCAGACUUUAUCCACAGGAACCACAUCCCAGAAGGCUGAACUCACAGCCCUCAUUAGGGCUCUCCAAUUGUCCAGAAACAAAAGGGUCACAAUAUACACAGACUCAAAAUACGCUUUCCUUAUUGCACAUACACACUCCCACUUAUGGGAAGAAAGAGGAUUCCUCACAACUAAGGGUACCCCCAUCAUCAAUGGGCCACUCAUGGCAAAACUCCUUGAGGCCCUCAAACUCCCACAGGAAGUGGCCAUUGUCCACUGCAAGGGCCAUCAACCCCUAACCACAGAGAUAGCUACAGGAAAUCACAAGGCUGACAACACCGCUAGACAAAUAGCUCUCUCUCUCGACCCAGUUCCUAUGGGCAUCCUCACCAAAGAUACCACUCCCAAUUAUACCCCAGAUGAACAAAAACAAUACAUGGCCCAUCCCAAUGCCCACGCCAACGCAGGCUGGACCAUGCUGGGCCCCCGACUGGCCCUCCCAAAUAGCCUAGUCCCUUCCCUACUAACAAAAAUCCACAAAACCCUACACAUUGGGCCGGAGGCCACCUUCCGCUUCCUUGAGCCCUUUAUGUACCACCCGCACCUACAACAACUGAUCACCAAAACACACCAACAAUGCACCACAUGCGCCGCAGUCAGUUCCCAAGGGAGAAUGAGGCACCCAGGCCCCACUCAUCAGAUGCGGGGCCAUCUCCCGGGCGAAGACUGGCAAAUAGAUUUCACUCACAUGCCAAAACACAAAAAAUUACGGUAUGUCCUUACUAUAAUUGACACCUUUACAGGGUGGAUAGAAGCCUUCCCCACCUCAUCUGAAGGGGCCUCCACAGUGGCUGAGAUCUUACUCAAGGACAUCAUUCCCCGCUUUGUUCUACCAAGAAGGAUACAGUCUGACAACGGGCCCGCUUUCAUCUCAGCAGUCACCCAACAGGUCUCCAAAGCUUUGGGUAUUACUUGGAAACUCCACAUACCACACCACCCCCAGUCCUCGGUUGCCCAGGUCGCAUUUCAUCGGAUGGUGGUCCAGCCCUAUUCCUGCAUUCCAACCUCAGACCCCACAUACUAUGGCAUCACCCUUACACCCGCAGGAAGCAGCCAGAUCAGAUCCCUCGCCCAUUAUCACCAAUAAGAGGUUGGAAUGUUAGGAUGUCCCUGGAAGGGGACGGCCCUCUUGCCAGCACGCCCGAACAAACUGAAGCCCCGAGCAGCGCGCGGGAACAAACUGAAGGUCAACCAAUCACCGAGCGCCAGCACAACCUGGCUCGAGAGAAAGACCCACCCGAGCCUAAAUCUGGAACUGCUGCAGCUUAAAAACCCUACCCCACCAUACCCGGGCGCGACUUCCCUGACUCCUGUCUCUCUCUCCCUGAGUCACGGAACCUCACCCGAGACCUUAGUUCCCAAAUAAAGCCUUUGCUAAAAUUUUUUA